GAAAAGUAAGCUUAGCUUUGUUUCAAACAGAUUACCAAUGGCGGCAUCUCUGCACCUAAAUCUCCUCCACCACCUCCGCCGCUGCAAACCUCUCUACUCCUCCCGACUCCUCCUCCGAUCUAAACCAUCUAAACUCGCUUCCAAAAGACUCUUCUCCACCCCAGCAACACCAUACCCUCUGCAAUACGAAAUGAUAAUCGCCCGCCCCGCCAAUUCCUCCAACCCCCCUCCCCGCCGCCGCCGCCUCCCCGAUCCCCCCGCCGCAUCCUCAACUCCCCAAUCCGACUCCGAAAUUACCUUCAACGAGUGGGUCGACAAGAAGCUCUCCGCCAAAGAAGCCGACAACACAAACCCCCAAUUAUCCAUGGACAAAUCGAAAAGAAAGUAUUACAACAAGCGGAGGAAGCGAAUGUACGGUGAAUCGGAAUCGGACGAGGAAGGCGGCAGCGGCCGCCGCGGAGGCGACAGCGAUUUCAUCGAAUUGAAGCAGGAAGUGGUGGAGCUCAAAACCCUACACAAGAGGGAGGAGGAAUUGUAUUUCUACGACGCAUUCGCUUACCCGUGGGAGAAAAACAAGCACUACAAAAUGGUGUAUCAGAUGGAGAAGAAGUUUUUCCCUGACCAGUGCUUCGAUAGGGCGUUUUUGGAGCCGGGGAAGGUGAAUUCGAAGCAGGGGAAGAGGGAUUUGAGGUGUGAGGCUGUGAAAGGGAAGGGCGGAGAUGAGAGAGGGUUGGUUUUCUUCGAUGAGAGAGAGGGAGAAGGUGGGGAUUUGAAGAGUGGAGAGGGAGAGGCAACAGAUGUUAGUGAGAAGAGAGUGGAGGAUUUCUUCAAGUGUUUGAAGAAAGUCCCCAAUGAAAAUGGUGGUGGAGCUCCAGAGCCGUUUCUUUCAAGUAGGAGAGUUGGGCUUCCGCCCAAGUGGGAUGGCCCAAAUGGGACUGUGGUUUUGGUGAACAAACCUAAAGGUUGGACUUCAUUUACUGUGUGUGGAAAACUGCGACGUGUGGUUAAUGUGAAAAAGGUAGGCCAUGCCGGAACUCUAGAUCCAAUGGCAACCGGCCUGUUGAUUGUAUGUGUAGGUAAAGCUACCAAGGUGGUCGACAGUUACCAGGGCAUGUUGAAGGGAUACAGUGGAACCUUUCGCUUAGGGGAAGCCACCUCAACCUGGGAUGCUGAUUCGCCUGUAAUCCAAAGGGAGUCUUGGGAACACAUCAAGGACAACGAUAUAAAGAAAGCUGCUGCGUCCUUUUGUGGAGAGAUAUGGCAAGUUCCACCAAUGUUCUCUGCUAUUAAAGUUGGAGGGGAGAGGAUGUAUGAGAAAGCUAGGAAAGGAGAAAGCAUUGAGCUUUCCCCUAGAAGGAUAUCAAUCUUCCAGUUCGACGUUGAAAGAAGUUUAGAAGACAGGCAAAAUGUGGUUUUUCGAGUGACUUGCUCGAAAGGAACUUAUAUUCGUUCACUUUGUGCUGAUUUUGGAAAGGCUCUGGGGAGCUGCGCUCACUUAACAGCUCUACGCAGAGAUUCAAUAGGUGAAUAUUCAGCAGAUGAUGCUUGGGAAUUUCAAGAGCUGGAAGAAGAAAUUACCAAAGGAUAUAUGUAGUGUUUUUCUACUCAACAAUUCCAUUGUUCAACCUUCUUAAUUUCAUGGCAAAAGUAAAUUCGUUUAUCUUA